AUCUGGGUAUUUUGCUGAGACAUCUGCAGUCACCAUAUAUAUCUAUUUGAUUUUUCUCCCUCUGUGGCUUUGGCAGUGUGUCCUUUUCUUCCAUCAGUGUGUCUAAACCUCCUUCUUCCUCCUCUCAACAGGCUGUGAGCCACAGAAACCUGCCAACAUGUCUGAUAAGAAGAUGACUUCCAGCCGCAGGCAUCACUUGAAGAGUUUGAUCCUUCAAGUCGCUCAGGGCAUGCUUGAGCAGGAGAAGGCAGACAUUGAGGCAGCCAAGGAAGCUUACAUGGCAGAGCACUGUCCCGCUCCAGACAUGAAUGGAGAUCAGGCUGCUCUCAUGGAAGUUUGCAAGAAGCUCCACUCGGCCCUUGACAAGAUUGAUGAAGACAGGUACGAUGCUGAAGCCAAAGUGCUCAAAGCUAACAAAGAGAUCGAAGACCUGAAGAUCAAAGUAGUUGACCUGGUAGGAGUAAAGAAGCCCGCCCUGAAGAAGGUGCGCAUGUCAGCUGACACCAUGCUGAAGGCCCUGCUGGGCUCCAAACACACAGUGACCAUGGAUCUGAGAGCCAACCUCAAGCAGGUCAAGAAGGAGACCAAAGAGGAGUCAACAGAAGCUGUGGGUGACUGGCGUAAGAACAUUGAGGACAAAGCUGACAGGAAGAAGAUGUUCGAGUCUUCCUAACUGCUCUGUUGCUGUUUGUUUCUUUGUGUCCAUUAUCUCCGCUGUUGGCUAAAGCAGUUGAUUAUUUUAGGUCUCAGUGCUGAAGGUUUUUUGCACUUUGUUGGGGUCUGGAGGGAGGAGGAGAAGGUGUGGAGGGUUUCAGAAGGUUCACACAAACAUAAUGUCUUCACCUAGAUACAACUACAGAAACAUUUAAACCAAAUGAAAAUGUCAAUAAACACAAUAAAAUCAAAUCUGAGAGAAAAAAGC